UGCUAUCGCAUGCUAUAAUACAUAGCACUAAAGGCAGACUCUUCUCACAAGCGUCUGUAGCCUGCCUACCAUUAAAUUCAAACCCUGUUUUAGUCUCUUUUUUUUUCCUGCAACGGCCCAACUCCGAUGUAUUCCGUUAUCAACGAGCAGAAGGCUGACAUUUCCGCACCUGCCUCAGUAGGGAUCGGUGGAUAGUAUCACAACGAGAAAAAGAAACAAGGGCAUAGGAACACAGUGAACGAAAGAGAGCGAGAGGGAGAGAGAGACAUAGAGGUUGAUCUGGACACGACCAGAGAUAGAUACACAGAAGCUUCAAGUAAUUAGAAUCGAUGGACGAAAUGCUGCUGUUGACAAGAAUCGUGCUGGUGGGCUUGACCUGCCUUGCUUUCGUAUCCUCUGGGUUGGCUUGUGGACCAGGCAGGGGCUAUGGAAGAAGAAGACACCCGAAGAAAUUGACACCUUUAGCUUAUAAGCAGUUUAUUCCCAAUGUUGCAGAGAAGACCCUGGGGGCCAGUGGCAGAUAUGAAGGGAAGAUCACAAGGAACUCUGAGAGAUUUAAGGAGCUGACUCCCAAUUACAAUCCUGACAUUAUCUUUAAGGAUGAAGAAAACACUGGCGCUGACAGGCUUAUGACACAGAGAUGUAAGGACAAGCUGAAUUCCCUGGCUAUUUCAGUGAUGAACCAGUGGCCAGGAGUUAAACUGCGCGUGACAGAAGGCUGGGAUGAAGAUGGACACCAUUUUGAAGAAUCGUUACACUACGAGGGAAGGGCAGUGGACAUCACUACUUCUGACCGGGACAAAAGCAAAUAUGGUACUCUGUCCAGGCUAGCUGUGGAGGCAGGAUUUGAUUGGGUGUAUUAUGAGUCUAAAGCCCACAUCCACUGCUCCGUCAAAGCAGAAAAUUCGGUUGCUGCUAAAUCGGGAGGAUGCUUUCCCGGCUCAGCUUCGGUGAUUCUCGAGGGAGACAGAAGAAAACUGAUCAGGGAUCUCAGACCAGGAGAUAAGGUCCUGGCCGCAGACGAGGAGGGUAACCUCGUCUACAGCGACUUCAUUAUGUUCAUGGACAGAGACACGGAAAACAGGAGAGAGUUCUACGUGAUAGAAACCAAAGAGCCCCGAAGGCAGAUCAAACUGACGCCUGCGCACCUCCUCUUCGUGUCCGACAACACGACGGAUAACCCGCACUCCCUGAAAGCGACCUUUGCGAGCCACGUCAGACCCGGACAAAAGGUGUUCAUCGUCGACGACGUACGUCAGCAGCUGAAGUCCGUGACCGUGGAAAGGAUUUAUAUUGAAGAAGACGAAAGCUCCUUCGCUCCCGUAACCGCCCAGGGAACCAUUGUAGUUGACCAAGUGUUGGCUUCAUGUUACGCAGUUAUAGAAGACCACAAAUGGGCACACCUGGCCUUUGCGCCGGUGAGACUCGUUUAUGGUCUGUCAUCGCUACUGUUUCGCAAAGAUUAUUUACUGUCGAACGGCACCUUUCAAGAGGAAGGUGUUCAUUGGUACUCAAAUGUGCUAUAUCAAAUAGGAACGUGGGUCUUGGACAGUAACUCCAUUCAUCCAAUGGGGAUGCCAAUAAACUCCAGUUGAAACAACUAACAGCAAAGCAAAAUAGGACUAAUGUAGGAUAAUAAACGAUAGUAGAAAUAAAGAGACAGAGACCCCGGAGGAGUUGUGGGAUAUUUAUUGCAUUGAACAUUUAUGCUUUCUUUUUCAAAGAAUAAAUGGACCUCCAAGAGCCUUAAAACUUUUCUUUGAAUAAUUUAUUCUCAUGAGAACUCUAGCUGGUACCACUUGAACGGAUUCUCAUACUGUGUGACCAGCCAAACGUGCAGAAUCUAUUUUUGUAUAUCACAAGCCAACAGCAAAGAAAACUGGAAAAAGGAAAAAAAUGAAACCUUCUAGACAGUUUGUAAUGUUCUGUGCAUAUGUGCAACUGACUGUUAUCAUAUUUUGGGGGUUGAACCUACUUCUUGGGGUCCAUAAAUUAUAUUUUUAUACGCAGAAUUGUAAAUUAGAUUUUUGACAGAUCGUUACUUACUGAAUCACAUUUCGUUAUUUGAAAUAGUGUAAGAUAUGAGAAUAUAUUAUUUUAAUUUAAAUAGUUGCAGAAAUAUAAAGUCUUGGCAAUCUUGUACUGUUUUGUGUUUAUUAAGAUUGUGUUUUUUUUAAUUAUUAUUUCUAUUUUGUAAACUGGCCACGUUACUGUAAAACAGACAGCCGCCACGAGCUGUCUCUUAUAGGCUACACGGUACAUUUUUUUCUUUUUUUACAAUUUGUUUCAGAAAAGACUUAUAAGUGCACAACAUGACGACUUCAUUAUAUGAUAAAGUAGUAGUACAAAACCAAGAUGUUUCUUUUAAUAAAUUAAAAAUAACUGCUGUAAAUUUACUAAAAUGUAUUUUUUGCAUAUUUUGUAAUAGUUAAAUAGUUUUAUAGAAAUAAAAUGCGCCAGAUGCACAGUUUGAAUAGUAUAUAAAACAUAAGGUGUUCGUGCCAUCUAACUUUCAUAACAGGGCAAUAUGUCUAAAGAAAUGUUUAGAGAUUAUUAUUUAUAUGUUUAUUACAAA